UAAGAGUUCAACCUCAGCAGAGCUGCACCUCCACCAAUAUACUGAAGAAAGGACAUCUAUAUAAAGCCGUCUGUAGCUACUCUGAUCUGAGCUUUUCAUUGAGAAAAUAUUACCAGAAUUGAAGUUAGAGUAAGGCUUUGUAAAGUGUUUAAGUUAGAUUUUUUUAUUCAUUAUUAAAUAGAUUUUUGGUGGGGUUUCUGUUUCAGACCGGUUGUAUCCGAGUUUAAAUAGAAAAUGCGUCUGCUAAAUGAGAGCGCCUUCGUGGAUGCGCACGACGUUCCGCGGGACGAGGGUCUGGCCCGGGUGGAGAUCGCGCUGCUCGGUGUGAUCUUCGUGACAGCCGCCAUCCUCAACACCGCCCUGCUGCUGGUCCUCUGGAGGCAGCGCAAGCAGAUGUCCCGCAUGCGCGUCUUCGUCUUCCACCUGUGCCUGGCGGACCUGGUGGUCGCCUUCUUCCAGGUGUGCCCCCAGCUCAUGUGGGACAUCACGGACCGGUUCGUCGGACCCGACCUGGUGUGCCGCCUUGUCAAAUACCUACAAGUGCUGGGCAUGUUUUCCUCCACCUAUAUGAUUGUGGUGAUGACGGUGGACAGAUACCAGGCCAUCUGCAACCCGAUGGUGAAGUUUCAGCGCGCGCGCACGAGGCUGAACGUUCCCGUGUGCGUGGCGUGGGGGGUUUCUCUCUUGGGGAGCUUGCCGCAGGUUUUUAUUUUCUCCCAGGUGGAGGUCGCACCUGGCGUGUUUGAUUGCUGGGCGGAGUUCAUCCAGCCGUGGGGGCUGCAGACUUACAUCACCUGGACCACUCUGGUCAUUUUCAUCCUGCCAGUUUCUACUGUGGUCGUUUGCCAGGUGCGCAUCUGCAGAGCCAUCCAGACCAACCUGUCCAAGAAGACUCCCAAGCAGGGAGUAAGGGUCGGAGUCCCGCUGCCAAGCAGAGCCAGCGGAGUGGCCGGGAUGUCUAAAGCCAGGGUGAAGACGCUGAAGAUGACAGUGGUUAUUGUGCUGGCGUACAUUAUCUGCUGGGCUCCCUUUUUCACUGUCCAGCUGUGGUCCGCCUGGGACGCACAAGCGCCAAAAGAGACUGCAAUUUUCACCAUCCUGAUGCUGCUGGCCAGCCUGAACAGCUGCGCCAACCCCUGCAUCUACCUCCUGUUCUGCGGGGAGUUUCCACAGAGGCUGGUGAAGCUCUUGUGUUUACGGCCACUUUCUGCUGGUAAUGAUCCAAUACACGAGGAAGCGACGCUCGUCAGCACUUUGUAUAUGAGCUUUAAAAAUGCCUCAGAGUCAAAGGGACUGUAACACCAUGCCUUUAAAGGGGGAACAGAGUGGAGAUCUGGGUGCCGGGAAGAGCAUACUUUGAGCUCUCUUUGCGUUCCACAGAGAGAGGAAGACAAGAUACGCUUUACCUGUUGACUUUUCCAACAUUAUUGCUUUUCAUCGAAGCAAUCAUCAGGGGAGCAGAUCAUGGAUGGAUGACCAUUAAUGAAAUGUGGACAGAAUCUCCUUCAGAUGUUGGUCUAAAGGAGACUUGAAUUAGACUGGCAAGAAAAUCAAAAAAGGCUUUUUUUAUGUAGCAGAAUAGAAUAUUUCUCAAACCUGAAAGAGACUGGACUUGGAUUUGGUAAGGUUUUAUUUUUAGUUUUAGCUGCACAGUGUUCUUUUUUUUCAUACAAAGGUUGGUCAAAUGACUACAAUUACAACAAUUUAUACCACAGUCCCUGAGGUUAAACUCUGAAUGGUAAAUAUUCUGUUAGAUCUAUGUUUCGUUCUUCAGUGAUAAGUUAUUAUUAAAAAGAGUGAAGAACAAAAUACUUUGUAUAAAUGUACAGAAAGGCUGGAUGUUUUGGUCCUGAAAACAUAUGAACAGUUUUGUACAUACUUGUUGAUGAUGGUGAGUGUCCGGAACAAAUGAACAAUAAAGCUUUAAACUCCCAAUUUCUGUUUUCUUUUCUUCUAGGGUCAUACAAAUUUAAAAUACUGCAUGACAAUAAUAACACAAGAAUGUAAAGUAAUUUAUACUCUGUCACACUGCCUUGCCAAAGUAUUCACAAACGAUCAACACAAACUAUUGCAUAAUUGUGAAGUGGAAGGGAAUACAUAAUUUUAAAAAUGUUUUAUGAUACAAACAAACAAAAAAGCUGUGGUGGUAGCAUCAUGGUGUGGGAUGCUUUUCUUCAGCAGGGACUGAGAAGCAGGCCAGAAUUGAUAAGACGAUGGAUGGAGCAAAAUACGGGGCAAACUGGGGCGAGAUUCAACUUCAGGUUGACAACAAUUGUAAAUAUGCGUCCUGAGCUCUCUUUGUUAAAAAUCUGACAUGUUGUACUCAGGGAAUGUAUUAUCUGCAAAUUCACAGUCCUGAUGAGGAAUUUUAACACACAGUGCAGCAUACCUGAGGAAGCUUGCCAAAUGUUUGACAUGCGCUUCAUAUACAUGCCAAUAACUUAGAUCAUUUAUUUUUCGCUACACAUAACAAGCCAUGUUUAA